CUCGGCAGCGCCGCGGCCGAGGCCGUGCGGAGCGGACGGGGGUGCUGCGCUCCCUGUGGGCGGGGGCUCCGAGCGGCCCCGCCGGGCCCUAUUUCCCCCUCCCCUUUCCUUCUCCUCCGGACCCUACCGGGCCCUGGUGCCGCCCAGGUUUUCCAUCAGCACAAACCCAGGACCCGGAGCCAUGGCCUCCAUCCCAUCGAGCGGCUCGCUUAUGGCCACGCACAACUAUCACAGAAGGCGCCUGAGCUCCACAUCCAGCAACAGCUCCUGCAGCAGCUCUGAGUACGCCGGGGAGGUCGUCCCCCACCACCCGGGUCUGCCCAAAUCUGACCCCGGCCAGUGGUGGGCCAGCUUCUUUUUUGGGAAGACAAAUCACCCGGCCAUGAUGACCGUGUCAGGGUCCCCAGAGAGCUUGGGAGCGCUGCCAGUGCCCAUGGGGCCCCUGGCGUGCGGGCUGGUGCCAGGAGCAGGACGCAGGCGGCAUGCCAGUGAGCCAGGCAUUGGGCCCUCCUCCUGAGCUGCAUAGCCCUUCCCUUCCCCGCAGAGCUGCUUGCAGAUGAACGUGCUGCUUCGGGGUAAGACAAGGCAGCGACCCCCCAGCAAUUCCUACACCGGCCUUUUACUAUUUCUCAAUGCAACCGUGCCAUUUCUGUGCCGAUUCGGUAACACGUUUAUUGACUUUGUAUUUGUAUAAUGGCUACUAAUAAACUCAAGCAGCCUUUUAGAA